CAUCGACAGAAAGACAAGUUUUCUAACAAGAUGGAAGGCGCGAACCCUUCUCCGUACGUGGGGUCCCGAGCAGAGUGGAUCCUCAUGCAAGCGAACGAUUUUGACCGAAAGUCCCGUGAAAUGCAGUGCGGCGGCUGCGGCGGGAAGAAGGCGAACUGGGUUUGCCUGGAUGCGGCCUGUGUUGCCUACAACCGCGGCAGCGCGCUCUUACUGUGCGACGUCUGCGACGGGCAAUUCCACCCGCCGUCAAGUCCGGUGAUGGUGGGUCACCGCCGCCUCGCCACCGUUCUGUACAUGUCUCUCCAACUGUUGUACCGCAACCACCAAACCGCUCAGACCUUUCCCGAGCCGGGGCGAGGUGCUAAGCCGGAGUCGACCACCACCGCUAGGCCGCCGCCGCCUUACCCGGCCGCACAAGCGCACAACCAGCACCCUCACGCCAUACCUACAAGUACAGCGAGCAUGCUCCCGUCGCCCCCCGUCUCUCCGCAAAAACUGCCCAUCGGAAAUGAUCGGCCGCUCGAUCAUCACAUCAAGAAAGAGAUCGUCGAAAAACCACAGGAAGACAUGCAGUGGUCUGCCCCAUCACAACAAAACACAGUUGUCAACCAGGACAGUGCAGGAGAGGCGGUCUUACCGAAGACUCGGCUAUUCGCGACCGGCGGGCCCGGACAGUGGACCCAGCCCCCUGCCCCGCACGACCCCCGCGGUCCAGCCAUGGCCGAGCGGCCGGUGGAGCCCGUCCUUGGCCCAGAUGGGUCCUGCCCGCCCCAGGACGUCGCGCGGUCCAUCGAGUACCGAGCCACCUUCGGUAACAACCUCAGACCCAUCCAUAAAAGGUACGCUCUGAUUCUCAAAGCCCUGCGCCAGAGCGGCGGGGCGAUGUCGCUGGCGGAGGCCUUCAGUCGGGAGUCCUUCUCGAAGUUGAGCGUGAAGAACUGCCUGGGCAUCGCGGAGCUGCGCCUCUUGGACGUCGCGCUGUACCAGCGGGUGUUCGAGGGCUACAAGCAGCGGGCAGACACCACCAGGAUCACCGUGGCGGGGUUGGAGCAGGAGUGCCGCCGGGUCCUCGCCGUCUACCGCAACCACGUCAAAGAAAUGCGCGACAGGGGAGACCUUCUACCCUUCUUCGACGUCACUUACUAAAAAAAAGACGUUUCUUUUGUGAACGCAGUAAGACUUUAAUAUGCGUCAAAACAAUCUCCGGAAUUUUUUCUGUAAGAGAAAAACUCGGCCAAACUCGAGAAAAUUGCGAAGACUCUGGUUCAAUAAUCUCAAUUCUACUACAUAUAUGUUGUAAUAACUUAACUCAUUCUGCAACAUUCGGUUAGUAGUUGGACUCGAUUAUUUAUGACCUCACCAAAAAAAAGAAACUUUUGUAUCAAGGUUAUAUUUCAGGGUAUCAAGCGAUAAGUGAAAAUAUAAGUGAUACAGGUAUGUGGCUUUUAUAUAUUUUUAAAGUGGACAUCACUUGUGUACUAGUAUUCUGAGGAUGGCAUUUUCUGUGGGGACUUGGUGGUGUAUAUAUACAAGGAAAGGGAGUUUUUUUUUUAUGAUUGGAACACUACAAUACAGUAGUUUACAAUAUUGUGUAUAUAGUAAGAACGUGGUUACGUACAUUUUUCAUGGGGUUUAAAUAGGAUAAUUUUUUGUUGUUGUGUGUUACAUGUCCCAAUUAUGAGGACUUAUAUAAUGCUCACAUUUUGUCCCAUGUUUUAUUCACUAUGUGCAUAGUUACCACUUUUAGCGUCCUUUUGCCUUAACUUGAAACAUGUCCCUCCUUUAGCAUGUCUUACGGACGCAGAAUUUAUUUCGUUGAGUUAUUUGAUAUUAAUGUACAUGGGUGGUCGAGACAGUAACAUUGUUUGCGUGCCGAUUGGAAUUCAAUGUCUACAAGGCGACCACCUGUUUCUAUGGUUUGUUUUGUACGAAUGACAAACGCACUUUUGUGAAUAAACCGAUUUUCAAUC